AUGGUUCAGUGCCGUCAAAAUUAUGUUCCUGGAACAAAUGUUACCAUAGAUGAGCAGCUGCUGGCAUUCCGAGAGUGGUGCAAAUUCCGGAUGUAUAUUCCGAAUAAACCCGCUAUGUAUGGGGUCAAGUUAGAAAUGAUGUGUGACAGGGGCACAAGGUAUAUGCUAGACUGUAUGCCGUAUCUUGGACAAGGAACCAAUACAGUAGGUUUACCUUUAGGAGAGUACUUUGGAAAGAAACUUACUCGCAGUAUACACGGCACGAACAGAAAUUUUAACAUGAACAACUGGUUCAACUCAGUACCAAUUGCAAAACAGUUACUUCGACAACCUUACAAAUUAACAAUUUUGGGGACAUUACAAUCUAAUGAAAGAGAAAUCCCGAAUGAAUUGAAGAACCAUAGAAUUAAUAAUGGAACCAGAAGAGUCAAUACGUGUAUAAUGGACCCAUUACACUUCUUUCGUACAAACCUAAACCUUCGAAAAUGGUUUACAUGCUUUCUUCUUGUGAUGAGGAGGCCUCAGUCAAUCCAGAAACAAAAAAGCCACGCAAAGCCAAGACAAAAGGUGAGACGGCGCGAUGUCAGCUCGCAAGAUACACAAUGGGUUAGAAUGCGUACUGGGAAUACUAUUCGGUACAGUGCUAAGAGGCGCCACUGGAGGAGGACUAAGCUGAAGCUGUAA